AUGGCAUGUGGGCCUCCUUUAGCAGCAAAGAUUGGAGCUUAUUAUGGUCAGGGUUCAGGAUCCGUGUUGAUGGAAGAUGUGAACUGUAUUGGAAGUGAGACAUCAGUGACACAAUGUCCAUCAAACGGAUUAGGAGGAGCCAGCUGCAGCCAUACACAAGAUGCUGGAGUUAUCUGUCGUGAAGUAAAGCUGGUGGGUGGUACCGGUCCAUGUGAUGGAAGAGUUCAGGUGCUUUAUAAUGGUCUGUGGGGUCCUGUGUGUCACACUGGUUGGGAUCUGGUAGACGCCACGGUUUUGUGUCGAGAGCUGGGCUGUGGUGAAGUUACAGGAACAUCCUCGUAUUCAGCAACAGUUCACGGGCCAAAAUGGAUGGAUAAUGUGACAUGUACAGGAACAGAGUCGACACUGCGAAACUGUCCAUUUACCGGAUGGGCCGUGAGCAGUUGUGUGAGCGAACUUUACGCAGGAGUUGUUUGCAACAAUGUAAAACUGGUAAAUGGAGGUAACCAGUGUUCUGGAAGAGUGGAGGUCUUACACAACAAUCUGUGGGGAACGGUCUGUGAUGAUGGCUAUGAUUUUAAAGAUGCUUCAGUGGUGUGUAAACAAGUAGGUUGUGGGCUCCCUAUAGCAGUAAAGCCUGGAGCUUUCUUCGGAGAGGGUUCUGGACCUGUGUGGAUGGAUGAUGUGAGAUGUACCGGGACUGAGUCGUCUGUGAAAAACUGUCCAUCAAAGGCUUUAGGAACAAGUACAUCCAGCCAUGAACAAGAUGUUGGAGUCACCUGUCGUCGUAAUUCAAUGCCUGAAAGAGCUCAUAUGUGAAACUAAUAUUUUCCUGCAGAAGUAAAGCUGGUGGAUGGUACCGGCCCAUGUGAUGGAAGAUUUCAGGUGCUUUAUAACGGUCUAUGGGGUUCAGUUUGUCACACUAACUGGGGUCUUGAAGAUGCCACGGUUUUGUGUCGAGAGCUGGGCUGUGGUGAAGCUUUACAGGCAACCUCAUAUUCAGGUUCAUAUCUUGAGUCAAAAUGGAUGGAUUAUCUCGGAUGUACAGGAAAGGAGGAGUCAGUGCGGAGCUGUCCAUUUACAGGAUGGGGCGUGAGCAGUUGUGGCAACGGACUUUACGCUGGAGCUGUUUGCAAUAGUGAGAUCCUCUUUAUCUUUCUCUUUAAGGACAUUCGCUAA